AUGAAGAUCUUGAAGAUGUUGCAUGUCUUGAUUGGUUGUCUCGCUCUAGGAGUUGUCGCUCGCGGGCAGCAAAAUCUAGGUUUCAUAAGCAUCGAUUGCAGCGCACCCAGGGAUUACCAUGACUAUCAGCUUGACAUAUACUACAAGGCGGAUGCAGGGUUUGUAGAUUCCAGAACAAACAUGCAGGUGUCCCCCCAGGUCAUUUACCAAUACAACCAACAACAAUCAAAGAAUCUCAGGGUCUUCCUCAAUGGAACAAGGAAUUGUUACACAUUAAUGAUGGAUGAAGGAAAGGGCAACACAUAUUUGGUCAGGGCUUCAUUUUGGUAUGGGGAUUAUGAUGGCAAGAAUCAAACCCUGGCAUUUGACCUCCAUAUUGAUGUUAACUAUUGGAUCAUGGUGAACUCUUCGUCUUAUGUAUACGAAGAGAUUAUUUACACUCCUCCAAGAGAUUAUAUUCAAGUUUGCAUGGUGAAUACUGGCUCAGGUAUUCCAUUCAUAUCAUCUCUCGAGUUGCGGUUGCUGGAUAACUCGAUUUAUUAUAUCAAUUCUAGUGCACUUGUAACUAAGUGGAGAUUUAAUUUGGGGAGCUUAAACACGUACAGGUGA